AUGCCUAACCUGACAUCCGUUGUCACCGGCGCUGAAUCGACCGCCACUGGGCCCAAAACGCCAGCCCAAUCAUUCUACCAACAGUAUGCCACCGCGCUCACCGCCAAAGACCUGAGCGACGGAGAUAUCCCCCAAUUCUACGCCGACAAUGCUGUUUUUCACAAUCAGAACGGUGUGGAUUACAGCGGUGAUCAAAUCUGGCCUUGGAUCAAGCAACUCUUUGGACAGUUCGAGAAGGUCUCGCAUGACUUUGUGACCAUUUGGGAGAUUCAAAACGACGACGGGACUGUCGACCUGAUUUCUAAUGUCGUCCGUCAUCUCUGGGCCGCUGGCAGCAACUGCGACAAACCCACCGUAAGCGUCCCUCUAUCGAUGGUCUGCAAAAUCAGUCCCAACAACGCGCCGAGGACGGUGGGCGGCCUACAAUUCAAAGAGGUCUGGCUCUAUUGGGAUACCUACAAGCUUCUGCCGUACUUCUCUGAGGACUCGAUCUUGUUUCGCCCUAGGAACUCUUUCCAUGAGAAAUAA